AUGGAUCGUCAUGCUGCUACUGUUCGCCGUAUGCUUGGCGAUCGCACCAUCGCCCAAUUUGCCUUGUUGUCUCUGCCAGACCGCCGCGCUAUCCUCCGGGAGAACCUGGUGCAACUGGGGCCGGUUUUGAUUGACGAGGCAGACGAGCUUGACUCGCUGAAUCCCGACAUUGCCGAUGGGGUCCUCCUACGCCAGCAGCUCUUUAUGGGUGAAGAUGAGACUGGCAAGCAACUGGUGCAGGAGGCUUAUGAUGUGUAUUAUGGCGAAAACCAUUUCCACGUGCCACUGCACUGGCUGUGCGAGUUUAAGAUCGACACCCUUAGCGACUACGAAACCAAGAUUCACGUUGCCCCGCUAGUCAAAGACAGCAUUACUGUCAUCGUUAGCCCAUACGAUCCAAAUCUUGACGUCCAUGAGGACGGCUACGAGAGUAAUAGUGGUGUCAAUGACCCAGAAAGCGUACAUUACCGACAUGGGACAUCCAAGGCCGCUCGGUGGACGCAGAAACACCUCCAGGAUGUCUUCCUCUUCACGAACGCACAGCAUAUCAUCUUAGUGCUACGUGGGCGCGGUGUCACGGACGGUAGCGACCUUGCAACACAUCAGAUGAUAAAGGAUAUUUCCUAUGUGGUGAAGCUCCUUAUCGAUAAGUUUGGCCAUAAGCUUGCUAUUAGGAAGGAGAUAAGCAGAGAUUAUGGCCAUAGCGACAGUCUUCCAUGCCGCGACAUUCGUUCUUACUGGGAUCCCCCCUCAGAGACAGCCAGGCAGAGAGUCAGACAAGGGACCGCAACCUUUGAGCAGGUUGUGCAGAUAGAGAUAGAGGAGUGGACACGUGUAUUCCCUCAGAAUCGGGGACAAUGGAUGGAACGUGAGAUUCUUAUUUGA